AUGCGACCGGUUUGGCAAGUGGAUACAGUUUCAACGCAACUGAAGCACUUGGAGGCACAUAAAGAUCACUUGAUUUCUCUGGUUGAUCAGAUUGACAUUGUAAAUAUAUACGUAACUAAAUUAUAUAUUAGCGUGUGUUAUUGUGGGUUCAUUUUUUUUUUAAAUAAUUUUUAUUGAACAGUAGGCUUACAUAAUAACUUAAAGUCUUUUUUGGAAAUAAUUAAAAAAUAAAAAAUAAAUAAAAUUUUAAAAAACAACAACAUUAAUAGUCCUUAUUUGAGAUUUCGAAGUGUCCCUUUAUGAAUCAUUAAUGAUACAUUAAACAUGCAUCAUAAUAAAUGAACUAAAAUUGCACAAAUUAAAUUAUUAUUAGGCCUACUAUUUUAUAGAUUUUGUAGCGUCAUGACUUCAGACAAAACAUACAUAUAGCGAAUAAAAUAAAGAACUAAACAAAAAUACAUUUAAGGAACAAAAGUGAAAAUGAAAAUUAUAAUUAUGUCUAUAUGAUUGUGUAACACAUAUGCUCUGACAUCAUUAUCAUUGUAACUUAUGGCGUGAGAUCUUAUUUCUUAUGCUGUGGGUUAUGUCAGUAGCAUGGUUACUUGUUUUAAGAUAGUAAUUCAGGAUGCCGGUUAAGACUUCUUCAUUUUCCACUUAUUUUCCAGGCACGCAAAGAAGGAUACUCAAUUCUGAUUUAACUUACAUUACUUUAUUGAAUCACAUUUGACACUGAUAAUAAUAAUAAUCCUUGCAUGAAUGUAAUAAUUUCACAUAUAUAUAUUAUAGUAUUCCACCAUUCAGAAAGACACGUCCUCACUCUUCUACAACUCAGCUCAACUGUCUAAAAAACUCAACUCUACUGCUCUCCCUAUCUCAGUCAACUCAUACUUUUUAUUCCCAGCAAAGCGUGGAAAACGACCGCUCUGACAAAACAUAAUUUACUCUCCAUGAAAAGUGGAGCUCACAUUUUCUACUCAAAAUACAAUUCACUCUCUCGUGGAAAAACAUGGUCAACACAAUUCACUGUUCACUCAUGCUACCUCUCUGUUUUCAUUGCGAAAACAUAGUCUGUUACAGAUUGUUUAGAUAGUUCGGCUAUAAAAGACUAUUUAUAUUCCAUGGUUUAGGUUAUUCAUGACACCAAAGUCUGGAUUGAUGGCGGAGGAAACAAGACAAGUAGCUUCAUAGAGAUGUGCUCACUUAUUGAAUGCACAUUCAGGGAUGUCUCAACAAAAUGUUUAGAAUUCUAUCGUAAUAUUACAGCUUUGAAGUCAAUUAAUAUUAAACCACUAAAACAUCUUAUAACAAGCAAAAUACAUAAAGAUUUCUCUAUAAAAGAGUAAAUCUAUUUGCGUUUCAAAUGAAAAAUUAAAAAUGUCUUAAUAUUGCUUUCUUUUCCCCCAUGUUUUCUUACGUUUUAAUACACAUUUGAAGAAAUUUUAAUAUUCACAAACAAACUUUUAUUUAUAUUUAAUAUAAGUUUUAAAAAAACAAAGUACGUAUUUUCUUUGCAUAAACAAAAAAAAAAACAAAAAAAAAUGGCUUCUUAGUCAAUCAAAAUUUUUUAAAAAAAUAAAAAAAGUUUUUCUUGUUUCAAGUAAUACAAAAGCUCGUAAUAUGAGUAAGCGUGAUUUUACUUAUAAAUAUGCUGAAUUCAUGUAUAUGUAUUUACUACUUAUUUCUCAAGGAGAUCAGCAGUAUGAUACGGCAGCAUCAGAAGAUGGCAAAGCAUGCGGUCAUCAAAAUUUAGCAGAAACUGAACCAGAGCAACAACCUUGUUCAAAAAUGUCAGGUACAAAGUUUUAA